CAGCUGUGUUUAAUCAGACUGUCUGAUCAGGAUCUGGGUCCAAACAGAGGCUGGGUUAGUGAAGAGGAAUCAGACGGAGUUGGAAUUUAAACGCUCUCUCAGGCUCUGUGCGGUCAGAGCAGCUGAGGUGCAGUGAAGUUUACAGAAAAACGAAGACAGAAAAAGUGAUGGGGCUUGUUGGAGACGCAGUGGCCACAGUCGGGGGUCUGGUCACAGGAGCUCUGAACUACUUCACUGAUUUCUUUUUAACUCCACCGCUGACAGCAGCUCUGCAAUACUUAGAAGAUGCUGAGCUGAAAACUUUGAAAGGAGAAUCAAAAACUUUCCAAGCCAAGACUCUGUGGGAAAAAUCUGGAGCCGUCAUCAUGGCAGUGCGCCGUCCAGGAUGAUUUCUGUGCAGAGAGGAGGCUGCAGAGCUGUCUUCUCUGAAACCUCAGCUGGACGAACUCGGGGUCCCUCUUUAUGCUGUGGUGAAAGAAGAUGUCGGCACCGAGGUCCAGAACUUCAGACCCUUUUUCAAGGGUGAGAUUUUCCUGGAUGAGAAGAGGCAGUUUUACGGGCCCCAGGAGCGGAAGAUGGGGCUCCUGGCGUUCAUGCGUCUUGGCGUGUGGCUGAGUGGCGUGAGGGCCUUCAGAAAAGGCUUCAUUGGAAACGUUUUGGGAGAAGGCUUCGUGCUUGGUGGGGUUUUUGUCAUCGGACGAGGGCAGCAGGGGAUUUUGCUGGAGCACAGAGAGAAGGAGUUUGGAGACAAAGUCAACAUUUCAGACGUCCUCCAAGCCGCCAAACAAAUCCCACAGGGAAAUUAAAGAUUCUGAAUUUUUAAAGUGUUUGUCUUUGGGGAAACAAAAGUGCAUUUUGUA